ACCGUUCAGUUUAUUUUGAUUUGCUGACCAGUACGGUCGAAUUGCAAAUCAAUUUCGAAUAUUCAAAUACACAUAUAAUUUUCAAUGAGAUAUUAGAUUAAGAGUGUGAACUUUAGUCUUUUUUGCGAAAUAAAAAAAUUAAAUUAAUUUAUAACAUAAAUAUAUACACACACACUUAGAUAUUAUCAAACUUAAAAUGUUUUUGAACAAAUCACUGGCAUCCGUUAACAUGUUUAAGCGCAGCUUUUCGACAAGUGUUUGGAGAGCGGCCAGCAUACAAGGACCUCGACAACCUAAUAUUUUGACCGAAAAACGUAAACGAGCCACCUUCACUGAACGCAGCCAACUUAAGUAUGCACGUCGUCUUGUCGUCAAACUUGGAAGUGCUGUUAUUACAAGGGAAGAUAAUCAUGGCCUUGCCUUAGGUCGACUGGCCUCCAUUGUGGAGCAGGUUGCUGAAUGUCAUUUAGAGGGGCGAGAAGUUAUGAUGAUAACAAGUGGAGCUGUGGCCUUUGGUAGUCAAAAACUAGCACAGGAAUUGCUUAUGUCACUUUCGAUGCGUGAGACCCUUUCGCCAAAAGAUCAUACACGUGGAGAACACGGUACACUGCUGGAACCGAGAGCGGCAGCGGCUGUGGGUCAAUCUGGACUUAUGUCACUGUACGAUGCCAUGUUCGCUCAGUACGGUGUCAAAAUUGCUCAGGUUCUGGUAACAAAACCCGAUUUCUACAAUGAAGAAACUCGUAAUAAUUUAUUUUGCACACUCUCCGAACUGAUUAGUCUUAACAUUGUGCCCAUCAUCAACACUAACGAUGCCGUUUCCCCGCCAAUGUUCUUAAAAGACGAUGAUCUGCCAGUUGGCUCCAAGAAGGGCAUAGCAAUCAAAGACAAUGACAGCUUAUCCGCCAUGCUUUCGGCAGAGGUUCAGGCUGAUCUACUGAUUUUGAUGUCAGAUGUUGAUGGUAUUUACAACAAACCGCCAUGGGAAGAUGGUGCUAAGCUGAUGCAUACCUAUACCUCAAAUGAUCGUCAUGUCAUAGAGUUCGGCAAAAAAUCUAAGGUCGGUACCGGUGGUAUGGACUCAAAGGUAAAAGCAGCUACUUGGGCGCUGGAUCGUGGUGUUAGUGUUAUUAUAUGCAACGGUAUGCAGGAGAAGGCCAUUAAAACCAUAAUAGCCGGACGAAAAGUGGGCACAUUUUUCACGGAGUCAACAGAGGGUUUCUCGACUCCAGUCGAUGUUCUAGCCGAAAAUGCGCGUGUUGGCAGCAGACAGAUGCAAGCACUCAGUCCGGAGCAACGUGCCAAUGCAGUUAACCAUUUGGCUGAUUUAUUGUUGAGCAGAGAGGAAUUUAUUUUGCAAGCGAAUGCAAAGGACUUAGCUGAGGCGAAACGCCACGGUCUUGCGAAGCCACUAUUGUCACGUCUGUCUUUAAAUUCCGCUAAAUUGAAGAACCUGUCCAUUGGAUUGAAGCAGAUUGCUGAAUCAAGUCACAAGAAUGUUGGUCGUGUAUUGCGACACACUCGCUUAGCUGAAAAUCUGGAAUUGAAGCAGGUUACAGUACCGAUUGGUGUUCUGCUGGUGAUAUUUGAAUCACGUCCGGACUCACUGCCUCAAGUAGCUGCAUUGGCUAUGGCCUCCGCCAAUGGCCUCCUACUCAAGGGUGGUAAAGAAGCCUCGCACAGCAAUAAGGCUUUAAUGGAAUUAGUGAAGGAGGCACUCUCGACAGUAGGAGCGGAAAAUGCAGUUUCCCUAGUAUCAACUCGUGAAGAAAUUAGUGAUCUUUUGUCAAUGGAAGAUCACAUUGAUUUAAUAAUACCUCGUGGCUCAUCAGAGCUCGUGCGCAACAUUCAAGAACAAUCCGUCCAUAUACCAGUUUUGGGGCACGCUGAAGGUAUCUGCCAUGUUUUCAUCGAUAAAGACGGCGAUAUACAAAAAGCACUUAAAAUAGUUAGAGACGCGAAAUGUGAUUAUCCAGCAGCUUGUAAUGCCAUGGAGACGCUCCUCAUUCAUGAGGACCUAAUGAAUGGGGGCAUCUUCAACGAUGUCUGUAACAUGUUGAAACGUGAGGGCGUUAAAAUCUAUUCAGGACCAAAACUUAGCCAGCAGUUAACCUUUGGGCCACCUGUAGCGAAGAGUCUCAAGCAUGAAUAUGGUGCGCUGGAAUGUUGCAUUGAGAUUGUUAAGGAUAUCAAUGAAGCAAUAGACCACAUACAUACAUAUGGCAGCGGACAUACCGAUGUCAUUGUCACCGAAAACGAUUCUGCCGCACAACAGUUUCUGGCGUCGGUUGACAGCGCUUGUGUUUUUCAUAAUGCAAGUUCUCGCUUUGCGGAUGGCUUCAGGUUCGGUUUGGGUGCUGAGGUGGGCAUAUCAACGGCGAGAAUACACGCACGCGGACCAGUUGGUGUUGAGGGACUUCUAACAACUAAGUGGGUUUUGCGCGGUGAGGAUCAUACUGCAGCCGAUUUUGUGGAAGGCGGUAAACGAGUUUGGUUGCACGAGUCCUUGCCGUUAUGAACUCGGAAUUCGUUGAAAAUUAAUUUUAUACGUAAAUUAUUAAUAUUCUUUAUGUCUUUUGUACGUCUUGGAAGAAAUUAAAUAUAAUGCUAUUGGUAUAUGUACAUAUGUAAACUAAA